GGCCAAUGGCGAGAGGGAAACUCAACAUCCCUCGCGUUUGCCCUCGCUGAUUGGCCGCCGGGGCGCCCGCUCCCCCCAAGAUGGCGGCGCCCAGCAGAAGGGAGGAGAGCGCUUGGUGGGGAGGCGGCCGAGGUACCUGAAGGGGCGGUGGUCGCUGGCGCCCCUCGCGGUUGGCACGGAGGCAGCCCCGCUUGGCGAGGCGAGGACGAGGCUGCGGCCUUCCGCGCGGAGGGACCGAGAUUCCGCGCUUCACGACGUGGGGGGCCGCCCCCCUAGGGGGGGAGGGAGUUCCCGUGGGCCCUCCCCUCCCCCACCCUAGACCCCGCCUCAGUGUUUUCGGGACGCCCCCCCCCAUUGUCCCACCUAGCGGCCCUCCUUCCUCGCAGGGUCCCCUGGUUUCGACCCAUGGCAUGACCUGUCCCCCCCCUCCCCGAAAGGAGCCCCAGACUCUGACCUGAAUCAUAAGGGCCAGGAAGACCCCCGAGGGGAGGCUGGAGAAGAGAGAGAAAAAGCAUCCCCCCCCCCAAUUGGGGUUCUUGCCCAGGGUUCCCUGGAUGGGACCUAGUGAUUUGCAAGCCCCACUGCCUUGAUUUGGGGCAAGGACUCUGCUCCAGAAAAGAAUCAAGAGGGGCUUCCCUUUGGGGAGAGGAAUUGUCUGAUUGUCCAUCCAAGGGAGCCUUAACUACGAUGAACGGCGCUUCUCCCAAAUUUGGAUUGGCUGCCCCGUUUGCCCCUUGAUGCCCAGCGAGCAAAGACUUUGCCGGACUUUCUGCCUUGUUGCCAAAGCAUUUCCCCCCCCCCUUUUAAUGUAGAAAAUUAGGGAGCAAAACGCACACACGCCUCUCCUUCCUGCUGCCUUUACGAAGCCCCCCUCCCUCUGUGCAGUUGGCUUCAGCUGGUUCUUGUCUUGGCCGAUUCUUCGAGAGCUCAGCUAUGGAUCUAGUGUUCCUGGUGAUCAACGGCAUGGGGAUGGUGUUGGAUCUGCUGGUCAUCCUGCUGGAUAUCAACUUCUUCCUCGUUUCCACCACCCUCUCAGCCUUGAUCUGGCUUAUCGCCUUUGUUUACAAUCUGCCCAAUGCCACGGUGGCCUGUCUGAGCCAGUUCUGGAAUGGGAUCUUGAUCCUUGUGCUAUGCAUCCUGGAGGCGUUGUACUACUUGACUCUGGGCUCUGUGCACGCAGUUGUCAACUUGUUGAGAGGAUUCUGUUCCAGCAUGGAGAGUUUGAAAGUGCUAGGUCACCUCUUCACCCACCUGGGCCUGAGGAGCAAAGAAAUUGUGCACCGAGGUUUCUGGAACCUGAUUGGCUCUGGUCAGACGCUUCUGAGACAGAUGUGUGAAGUGUGCGCCAUAGCUAUGAGCCUUGUGGCUUACUUCAUGAACAGCAUAAUCAACAUCUGCCUCAUUGGAACUCAGAACCUUUUUGCAGUAGGGCUGGCCCUGUGGGAUACUAUAGUUGGCCCCUUUCUGAGGAUCACAGACCUGCUGGUUGCCUUCCUUGCACGCCUCUCCAGCAGUGCCAUUGCUACGGCCAUUCUCCUGUGGACUCCCUGUCAACUGGCUGUUGAUCUCUUGGCCUCAGUGAGCAAACUGCUGAUCAACGUCUUCUUUGUCAACCUGUAUGGCAUGGUUUUGGUCUCUGUGGUACUUGCCAUCAGCAUCUUUAUCCUGAACCCACAGCUGACUUGGACCCUGGCAAACCAAGUGGCUGGCUAUUUGAACACGAUGCCUUCCUACCAUCGCUUGCUCAGAGACAUGCAACGCCUUUAUCACAUCAUGCUCCUGUCCCUGGAGAUGCUGCUGAGCUCCCAGACCUGGCAUAGGUUGGCAGACUGGGGCCUUCAGGUGCUCAGUUGGAACAGGAACAUCUGGGCAGCUAACCAGCAUGGAGAACAAGAACCGCAGCUGGUGCUUGAAGCUCCCCAAGAAAGAGCAGGGGGAGCUGCUGUGGGACAGAGACUGGCUCCACAAGAACCAUAUCCACGAAGACAAGGGCCAACGGUGAUCAUACGUCCCCGACAAAGAGGUAGCAGGGACCAGACCAGAAUGGACAAUGAUCUGGGAACAGCCACACAACAGUUUCAGCCUCAGGGGGAAGGACCAAGUGUAUCCCAGACCAAAACAGCAAAAAAAGAGCAACUAAAUGCUUUGGAAGAAGACAAUGACCCGUGGCGGCUUCUUAAAGAACAAGAAGAACGGAAGAAAUGUGUCAUUUGCCAGGAUCAAACCAAGACAGUCCUUUUACUGCCCUGCCGUCACCUUUGCCUGUGCCAAGAAUGCACUGAGAUCCUGCUGCAGCAGGCCAUCUACCAACGGAACUGCCCUCUGUGCAGACAGAUGAUCUUGCAGACUCUCAACGUCUACCUGUGAGCUUCAGAAGAAGCAGCUUGAGCUCCUUCCCACGUGCUUUUUGCCAAAGCACAAGAGGUCUCUGGCCCUUGGACCUCUGUAACAGCUGGUAAUGGCUCUUGGUGUCAACACUGAGUACCCCCCCCUUUUUUUUUUAAUUUCCAGAGACAGUAAUUGCAGUUAGCGGAACCUGAAAAAUGCUAUGAAUUGUUUCUUUGCACUUCUGUUUUUAUGGUUUCUUGCUUUCAUAAGGGGGGAAAAAAAAGAAACAUACCCUGAUUGCUGAUCACAGAAAUACCGGUGGUUGGGAAACUUUCCUGUUGUAAGAGGUGGUGGUGAAAUCAUGCACCAUAUUCAGAUGCGAGACUAAAAGAGUCUAAUGGCUGUUUUUUUAUCCAGAGUAUGCAGCCAUGCAUUGGAAAAUUUCACAAGGUACAACUAUUGUCUUAGAUUCUAGCUCUUAUUGAAGAGCACAUAGAUGCUUCAUAGAUUAGCUUAUUAAGAAAGAUCAUAUUCCACCUACGGGCUUGCAAUUUUCACAGAUUAUCUAUCUAUGCAAAAUAGUACAUUCCAACUCUAUUGCACAACUCAAAUUCCCUUCUUCCUUCCUCUUUUGAGGAUAAUUUUGGGAACCUAAUAGUACCAACUACACUCUGCUAGCUAGCAAAUGGCUCUUAUAAGCAGCAGUGGAAGGUAAAAGUGAAACUGAUGGGUUUGGCCAGUGAAAAGGCUUUUAUGAUUCUUAGUCUGAACUGGUUUUAGAACAUGUUCUAGAUGUCAUAAUUUAAUUCUGGAAAGCAGAAUUGCUGUGGCUUUUAAGGAGACAUUGUAGAUUGGGAUGUCCAACUUUGGUAACAUGAAGAUCUGUGGAAAGCAUGGCUAGCUGGGGAAUUCUGGGAGUUGAAGUCCACAGGUCUUCAAUUUGCCAAGAUGGGAUGCCCCUGUUGUAAAUCGUGUAAGGAUAAUUCCAAGGAAAGAAGGCAGUUGUGAUUACAGUGCUUUGCUUGACUCUUGGGUGAAGAGAUGUUGUUGUUUUCAGAGGCAGUCAUUAAAUAUCCACAGGACUGCUUGGAAGGCCAGCCCUGAGUGUACCAAUGGGCAGGCGAUAAGUGCCCACACCUAGUAGAAUCAGUUAUUUUCUUUAAUGUUUAAAUUGGAAAGAAAAAUCUUGAGGCUGAAAUCCCGAAGAACUUUAUUCCGUUUUUUGGGAAUGGCUGAAUUAUUGAUAGCCUUUAAAUGGAACCUGGUUGAAACCGCAGUGCAAAGUGGCUGGAUCCCAGCUAUGCAAAUAGGCUCAAUUGCAGCAGCCUUCACAGAGGAGGUGUUUGAGACUGUGGCAUAUUUGUUUGUUACCAAACCCUGCUGAUUUUAAGAAUGUCUCUUUUUCCAAGAAGGUUUGCUGAGAAGGCUGAGACUCCCUUGGAAAAGUUGGGUGCUGCUAAAACGGGCUGGCCCAGGGCUCAGUGUCCGUCAUGAGUAAUGCCUAUCAGCUCUCCUUUGAGAUGGUGUUUGACCUGUCUUUGGAGAUUGUGCAGUUCCAGUCCAAAGCCUUCAGGGCACUAAACUUCCCUUUGCACAAAUCAGAUUUUUCCAGCAUUGAAAAACCAGAGUUCCUAUCCUGCUAGUUUGGGAUGUCAAAGUCAGCUGUAAACAUUCUCAACAGCAGGUUUUUAAGGGCUAUUGUGUGUGCCAUCCGAAUUCAAGGUAGAAAUCUCUAUUGAGAAGAUUUACCAUCAGUUUACAAGAGGAAUGUUAUAUAUAGUAGAAUUUGCUGCAGUUUGUGUCUCCCUGGCUACAGGUGGGCGAGGAUCAGAGCCUAGACCUCUGCUGUCCUUUGACCAAUCUUGCAACAUUUUGUUCUCUUCUUUCAAAACAAAAGGAGGAGCUAUUUUUAUUCAUUGAUGCAAUCGGUUUUAUUUUUCAUCUGCAUCCACAGCCGGGGAAACAUUAAAACCCCAGCCAUUGUCUAUGCUGGUUUUUAACUUUGUUUUACUUGAAAGUCUUCUGUGUUUUGUUUUUCUAAUCUAAUUUUAAAGCUUAGAAUUAAAUUGUCAAAGCAGUGCUUAACUCUAGCAGAGAACUAACUGAGAGUUCUUUUUAUUUUGGGAAAGGCUGCAAGAUUCUAGGAGUUGGAGGGGUAAAAUGAGGGAAUUGACCAAUUGCUAAACUGAGUGCCUUAAUGCUGGCAGUGCUGAAGGCCUGUGCUGGUGUGUAUGCAGAGGAGGCUCUGUUCAGGUCAGAAAAGAAAAAUCCGUGAAUAGCAGCAGGCUGGAUCCAGAGACAUAACUGGAGUUAACGUCAUAAAUAAAAUAGGCUGCAAGCUUCCAGAUGCAAGGAGGGAUCUGUUCUUUUUAUAACACCCAUGCUUUUUGUAAAUGCUUCCUGUAAAUUACAGAGGCUCUAAACAGACCUUCACUAUCCCGGAGUCCAUUAGAGGUGAUGGUUUAAAGUAAGGGUCUCCAAACUUGGCAAUUUUUUAAGACCUGUGAACUUCAACUGCCAGAAUUCCCCAACCAGCCAUGCUGGCCUGGGAGUUGAAGUCCACAAGCCUUUAAAGUUGCCAUGUUUGGGGACCCCUGCUUUAAAGGUUUCUAGUGCCCCACCUGGGACAGCUGAAAGAUUUAGGUUUAUCUUCUCUAAAGGUUACUAGGCCUGGGGAGGGUAUGCUAAACCAUCCUCCUGAAUUUACCUGGGUGCAGGUUGGGAGAUGUACCUUGUUGUUUAAUCCAGUCCUUUUUAUCUGCAGACUAGAAAGAGUGUUCUCUGUUUUUACCUUUGAAGACUUAAGGCUUUGCACGUCCUGAUCUGUACUUGAGGAUUUAAGAGAAGUUAGAAUAAAAUAUAUUCUUCCUUGUCUGUU